ACAGACAGACAGAUAAAUCUAGAGAGAGAAACUGUUAGAGCGAGAGACCAAGAAAACCCCACAAAUCACAUUGCUUUGCUGUGUGUACAAUAUACAUACAUACAUACCCAACAAAUAUAUAUAAACAUAUACAUACAAAAUUCUUACCUCAUUUCUGAGAUAGAGAGACAUAUUCCAAAAAGUUCUCUUCUUUGCAUCAUCUUUCUGAAAUAAUCUUGGGUUUUCCCUUUCUUUAUCUUCAUCUUAUUAUUACCGAUCUGAGUCACACCGAGUCGCUUGUGGUUUCUCUGACUCGUUCUCCUUUUUCUUGAUGAGAAGGAGAUCGAUUGGGCUUACGACACAUCCUUAAUGGCGGCACCGGUUAAUAUUAUUGUAGGUUCACAUGUCUGGGUUGAAGAUCCUUCUUUAGCAUGGAUUGAUGGGGAAGUGACCCGAAUUAAUGGACAAGAGCUUCAUGUACAUGCGACAAAUGGGAAGAAGAUUGUUACAAACGUCUCUAAAGUGUUCCCUAAGGAUACUGAAGCUCCUCCCGGAGGUGUAGAUGACAUGACACGACUUUCAUAUUUGCAUGAACCAGGAGUGUUACAAAAUUUGGCAGCCAGAUAUGAACUUAAUGAGAUUUAUACGUAUACUGGAAAUAUUUUAAUUGCUAUAAAUCCAUUUCAAAGAUUGCCUCAUCUGUAUGACACCCACAUGAUGGAACAAUAUAAAGGAGCAGGAUUUGGAGAACUUAGUCCCCAUGUUUUUGCCGUCGCAGAUGUUGCAUACAGGGCGAUGAUGAAUGAAGGAAAAAGCAAUUCAAUCUUGGUCAGUGGAGAAAGUGGUGCCGGUAAAACUGAAACAACAAAGAUGCUCAUGAGAUAUCUUGCACAUUUAGGUGGUCGAUCUGGAGUGGAAGGACGGACAGUUGAACAGCAAGUCCUGGAAUCAAAUCCAGUACUAGAAGCAUUUGGCAACGCAAAAACUGUCAGGAACAACAACUCGAGUCGUUUUGGUAAAUUUGUUGAGAUACAGUUUGAUAAGAGUGGGAGGAUAUCUGGGGCAGCUAUCAGGACUUACCUGCUUGAGAGGUCCCGUGUUUGCCAGAUAUCUGAUCCUGAAAGAAAUUAUCAUUGCUUUUAUCUUCUUUGUGCUGCACCACCGGAGGACAGAGAGAAGUUUAAAUUGGAAAGUCCACAGUCAUACCAUUACUUGAAUCAGUCAAAAUCUUAUGAGCUUGAGGGUGUAAGUGAUGCUCAUGAGUAUCUUGCUACCAGAAGGGCAAUGGACAUUGUUGGAAUCAGUGAAGAAGAACAGGAUGCAAUUUUUAGGGUUGUGGCUGCAAUUCUUCAUCUUGGUAAUGUUGAGUUUGCAAAGGGAGAGGAGAUUGACUCUUCGGUGCUUAAAGAUGAGAAAUCUCGGCAUCAUCUGAAUGUGACGGCUGAGUUGCUUAUGUGUGAUGCUAAGAGCUUAGAGGACGCGCUGAUCAAGCGUGUAAUGGUGACACCGGAGGAAAUAAUCACAAGAACUCUUGAUCCUGAAGCUGCAUUGGGUAGUAGGGAUGCUUUAGCUAAGACCGUCUACUCUCGCUUGUUUGACUGGAUUGUGGAGAAAAUAAACAAUUCCAUUGGGCAGGAUCCAAAUUCAAAAUCAUUAAUUGGUGUCCUUGAUAUAUAUGGGUUUGAGAGUUUUAAGCACAACAGUUUUGAGCAGUUCUGCAUCAACUUCACAAAUGAAAAACUGCAACAGCAUUUUAACCAGCAUGUGUUUAAAAUGGAACAAGAAGAGUACACAAAGGAAGCAAUAAAUUGGAGCUAUAUAGAAUUUGUUGACAACCAAGAUGUUUUGGAUCUUAUUGAGAAGAAACCUGGAGGAAUCAUCUCGCUUCUGGAUGAAGCCUGCAUGUUUCCGAAGUCUACUCAUGAAACUUUUGCUCAGAAGCUGUACCAGACAUUUCCAAAAAACAAACGCUUCAUCAAACCGAAGCUUUCUCGCACUAGUUUUACAAUAGCUCAUUAUGCAGGGGAGGUGAAUUAUUUGGCUGAUCAGUUUCUAGACAAAAACAAGGAUUAUGUGGUGGCAGAACAUCAAGAUUUAUUAACUGCCUCAAAAUGCUCCUUUGUUGUUGGUUUAUUUCCUCCACUUCCUGUAGAGUCAUCCAAGUCUUCCAAAUUUUCCUCCAUUGGUUCGCGUUUUAAGCUACAACUUCAAUCUUUAAUGGAAACCUUGAGUACAACAGAACCUCACUACAUCAGAUGUGUGAAGCCGAAUAAUGUUCUCAAGCCUGCUAUUUUUGAGAACCUAAACAUCAUCCAGCAAUUAAGAUGUGGUGGUGUUCUGGAGGCAAUCAGGAUCAGUUGUGCUGGUUAUCCAACCAGGCGGACAUUUGAUGAGUUUCUUCUUCGUUUUGGUGUUCUUUAUCCUGAUGUUCUAGAUGGAAACUAUGAUGAGAAGGUUGCAUGCCAGAUGCUGUUAGAUAAGAUGGGGUUGAAAGGCUACCAGAUUGGUAAGACAAAAGUGUUCCUACGAGCUGGUCAAAUGGCAGAACUAGAUGCAAGGAGGGCGGAGGUUCUUGGAAAUGCAGCUAAAAUAAUUCAAAGGCAAAUGCGUACUUAUAUUGCACGCAAAGAGUAUAUCUUGAUACGCAGAGCUGCUAUCCAGUUGCAGGCUUGCUGGCGAGGUCUAUCAGCUUGCAAGCAAUUUGAGCAGUUGCGAAGAGAAGCAGCGGCAGUCAAGAUUCAGAAGUACUUCCGGUGUUUUGUUGCUAGCAAAUCCUAUCUAACACUCAGGAUGUCUGCAAUCACACUUCAGACAGGUUUGAGAGCAAUGACUGCUCGAGAUGAAUUCAGACACCGAAAGCAAACCAAAGCUGCAAUUUCUAUACAGGCUCACUACCGUUGCUACAGAGAAUAUUCUUACUACAAGAGUCUUCAGAAGGCUGCAAUUGUUACUCAGUGUGGUUGGAGACGAAGAGUUGCUAGGAAAGAGCUUCGGGAGCUCAAAAUGGCUGCAAGGGAGACGGGGGCGCUCAAAGAGGCAAAAGACAAACUAGAAAAGCGUGUCGAAGAACUUACAUGGCGUUUGCAGUUGGAGAAGCGAUUAAGGACCGAGUUAGAAGAGACAAAAUCCCAAGAAACUGCAAAGUUGCAAGAUGCUCUACGUUUGAUGCAAAUCCAAAUUGAUGAAGCAAAUGCUAAAGUAAUUAAAGAGCGUGAGGCAGCACAGAAAGCUAUUGAGGAAGCUCCUCCAGUGGUUAAGGAGACCCCCGUCAUAAUUCAAGACACAGAAAAGGUCGACACCUUGACAGCUGAGGUAGAAAGUUUGAAGGCUAUGCUGCAAAAUGUAAAACAGGAGGCAGAAGAGGCUAGAAAGUCUUUGAUAGAAGCUGAUGCUAGAAAUGCUGAUCUAAUGAAAAAAUUUGAAGAAGCUGAGAAAAGAGCAGAUCAGCUUCAAGAAUCUAGUCAAAGGCUUGAAGAAAAGCUCUCCAAUAUGGAGUCCGAGAAUCAAGUACUUCGCCAGCAAGCACUGACCAUGUCACCUACCGGAAAGUCGAUAUCUGCACGGCCAAGAACAAUGAUUAUUCAGAGAACUCCAGAGAAUGGGAACGUUCAGAAUGGAGAAUCAAGACAUACACCUGAGACGACACAUGCUUUAUCAAAUUCGAGAGAGCCUGAAUCUGAAGAGAAACCACAAAAAUCCCUUAAUGAGAAGCAACAAGAGAACCAGGAUCUACUUAUCAAGUGUAUCACACAAGAUCUAGGAUUCUCUAGUGGAAAACCAGUUGCUGCUUGUCUGAUAUACAAAAGCCUUCUCCAUUGGAGGUCGUUUGAAGUUGAAAGAACCACCGUGUUUGACCGGAUAAUCCAAACCAUUGCUUCAGCUAUAGAGGUCCAGGACAGUAACGAUGUGUUAGGCUAUUGGUUAUGUAAUACAUCCACUUUGCUGACACUACUUCAACACACCCUUAAAGCAAGUGGAGCAGCUAGUAUGACUCCUCAACGGAGGAGGUCAUCGUCAGCCUCUCUUUUCGGAAGGAUGUCUCAAGGGUUACGAGCAUCUCCUCAGAGUGCUGGGCUUUCUUUUCUUAAUGGUCGAGUGCUUGGUAGACUUGAUGAUUUACGUCAAGUAGAGGCCAAAUAUCCAGCUUUGUUGUUCAAACAGCAACUUACUGCAUUUCUUGAGAAGAUAUAUGGGAUGAUACGAGAUAAUCUAAAGAAAGAGAUCUCUCCACUGCUUGGAUUAUGCAUUCAGGCACCCAGGACAUCUCGUGCAAGUUUAGUUAAAGGGCGGUCCCAAGCUAAUGCUGUUGCUCAACAAGCAUUGAUUGCUCAUUGGCAAAGCAUUGUCAGAAGCCUAGAUAAUUACUUGAAGACGAUGAAGGCAAACUACGUUCCCCCAUUUUUGGUGCGCAAAGUAUUCACACAGAUAUUCUCAUUUAUCAAUGUUCAGCUAUUUAACAGUCUUCUGUUGCGACGCGAGUGCUGCUCAUUCAGUAAUGGAGAAUAUGUGAAGUCGGGGUUGGCUGAACUAGAGCAAUGGUGUGUUUAUGCAACUGAGGAAUAUGCAGGCUCCGCUUGGGAUGAGUUGAAGCAUAUUAGACAGGCAGUUGGAUUCUUGGUUAUCCAUCAAAAGCCUAAGAAGACUUUGAAUGAAAUAACCAAUGAACUUUGUCCUGUGCUUAGCAUCCAGCAACUAUACAGAAUUAGCACGAUGUAUUGGGAUGACAAGUACGGUACACACAGUGUUUCUUCAGAUGUCAUUUCAAAUAUGAGAGUUAUGAUGACAGAGGACUCAAACAAUUCUGUCAGCAGUUCAUUUUUGUUAGAUGACGACUCCAGCAUUCCGUUCUCUGUGGAUGACAUCUCCAAGUCUAUGCCACAAAUAGAGAUAGGGGAAAUCGAACCUCCACCAUUGAUUCGGGAAAACUCAGGUUUUGUAUUUUUACAUCAGCGGACGGAGUGAUGGAUGAAAGAAGCGCGAUCCCUUUGAUGUCAUGGCUGCAUACCUCAAUGCAGAAACCUGUGAAUACAGUCUUUUUUUUGGGUUCAUUUGGGUGUGCUAUACUGUUUUCUUGGUUAUUUUCCCAGGCAGUUUGGGUUUUUAUUAGUGUCUGGGUCCAGUUCCAAUUUAUUUUGCAUCCUUUUUAAGCCUUUGGUUGGGUUGGAAAGGGUUUUUUUUUUUUAAUUUUAAUUCUUUAGAUAUGGCAAGAUUGCCAAGUGUGAUGGUUUGUAUGGGAAUGGGAGGGGUGGAAGUUAGUUAUAGUUGCAAAUUGUUAGGUUACAAUUUGUGGUAGUGUCAAGAAAAGUGUAUAGCAGCAAGUAUUACUCUGUAUAUGACACCUUCCCUUCCCUUUAUUUUAUUUUAUUUGAUGAUGGGUAAAAAUGUAUGUGUUGAAUUCAUUUUUUAUUUAUGAGACUCGACCCAUUUCCUUGACAAGAAA